GAAGGUUAGGGUUAACGGUGUACUAUCAGGGUGGAAAGCAGUAUCCAGUGGAGUGCCCCAGGGAACUGUAUUAGGCCCCUUGCUAUUCCUAUUAUACGUUAAUGAGCUACCAGGGAUUCUUACUUCAUCUUCAUUGUUAUUUGCAGAUGACAUUAAGAUAUGGAAAACUGUAAACAAUAGCGAGGACAGGUCGGCCCUACAAACUGAUCUAGAUAAAUUAGCGGAGUGGUCGAACCUGUGGAGUUUGAAAAUGAAUUCUAGGAAAAGCGCAGUAAUGCACUUAGGUCAGAAGUCUUAUACGUCGUACUCCCUAGGGGACACAGAACUACCUGAUGUUAACGAACAGAAGGACCUAGGAAUCAUUGUCAGCAAUGAUUUGAAAACAACUGCAAACUGCAAUGCAGCCGCAGCUAAGGCUUUUCGAAUGCUAUGGGCACUCCGUAGGGCUUUCAAACGAUUAGAUGAGGGCAUGUUCCAAAUACUCUACGCAACAUAUGUUAGGCCUCAUCUAGAAUACUGCGUACAAGCGGCGGGUCCAUGCUUCAAAAAGGAGGCAUAUAUCCUGGAAAGAGUACAGAGAGUAGGAACGAAACUAGUUAGUGGUAUAUCACACCUUCCUUAUGAUAAGAGGAUGGAGCAUCUAAAUCUCUUUCCGUUAUCAUACCGAAGGAAGAGAGGCGACCUAAUUUUGGCUUACCGUAUACUUAAGGGUGAUUUAGGAACUGACCUUUCUAAACUUUUCUCUCCUUCUAGGAUACAUUUACGGGGUCACCGCAAAAAGGUGCUCAAACCGAGGACGAUUAAAAUACGUGCAGAAUUUAGAUUCUCUCAUAGAGUGGUCAACGACUGGAACUCCUUACCUGAUUCAGUAGUAACAGCUCCAUCGGUGAACGCUUUCAAAGAGAAGUUAGAUCUCUGCAGAGAUAUAUUUUGCAAGGAUUAACACAGGCCACAAGAGCCUUCUAUCCUUAUCAACUGAAUCUGAAUCUGAAUCUGA